CACCAACCCAAAUUAUUAAAAAAAUAAUAAUUAAAGAUCAGCAGCGAACCAUUUUUAGGGUUUCAUGUAGGUCCAUAUUUAGGGUUUCAUAGAAGAUUUUUGAAGGUUUUCAGUAGCGGAGGCGCAAAGAAGCGGAAGGAGCAGGAGCAGCAAUGGGAAAGGGAACAGGAAGUUUUGGUAAGAGGAGGAACAAGACGCACACUCUUUGCGUGCGCUGUGGCCGCCGCAGUUUCCACAUCCAAAAGAGUCGAUGUUCUGCCUGUGCAUACCCUGCUGCCCGUAUUCGCAAAUAUAACUGGAGUGUGAAAGCCAUUCGAAGAAAGACUACAGGGACUGGACGAAUGAGAUAUCUUCGUCAUAUGCCCCGACGUUUCAAGAAUAAUUUCAGGGAGGGGACUCAAGCAAUCCCCAGGAAGAAGGCUGCUGCUGCGUCAUUCUAAAUUUUUUUAGAAUGUAUGCACUGGGGUGUAGAUUUGAAUUCAUUAUGUACUAUUGGAUGGCUUUUCUAGUUAAUUGUAGAAAGCCUAGAUUCCAGUUAAAAGCCUGCUUUUUGGAAGGAAAUGCUUUUACAAUUUUUUUGGCUCAUAUUAUAGUAAAGACUAUGGAAUAUUAAACAAAGUUAUUUCGAGCACCAGUAGAGACUGCUUAUGUGCAGUAAUAAUUUCUAAUGCUGUUUGAAUUUGAGAUUUUCAUUUCUUGAGUUUUAGAUGAUCAAAUUUUGUACCUUUUAGCAACAGCUAGUAACUUGCAAGUUUUGAAGAAGACUUUUUGAGCAAUAUUGUCAGCACAUUUUAUUUUC